UAAAGACCUCGGGACAAGAGCUGCCGCAGCCCCAGCUUUGUGUGGAGGCAGGUGCAGCGUGUCGCAACCUCCUGGUGGCCAAGCCUUUCUCCUCGGGGACAGAGCGGGCUGCGUUUCCUUGACCGACUUUUGUGAGCCCCCACCCCUGGGUGGAGCGGAAACCAUGGCUUCUCUUCAGGGCCCCCGAGCCCCACUGGAAUUCGGGGGGCCCCUGGGCGCUGCGGCGCUGCUGCUGCUGCUACCCGCCACAAUGUUCCACCUGCUACUGGUGGCCCGCUCAGGCCCGGCGCGCCUACUAGGCCCACCUCCGUACCUGCCAGGGCUGGAGGUGCUGUGGAGCCCGCGAGCGCUGCUGCUGUUACUCACCUGGCUCGGCCUGCAGGCGGCGUUCUACCUGCUGCCGGCGCGCAAGGUGGCCGAGGGGCAAGAAUUGAAGGACAAGAGUCGUCUGUGCUACCCCAUUAAUGGUGCCUGGAGGACUGGCCCUUGCACUGGACUUGGCUUCCAGGCCCUGGUGCUGACAGCCCUAUUGGUGGGGCUGGGGGUGUCCGUUGGGCUGCCCCUGGGUGCGCUCCCGGAAAUGCUUCUGCCCUUGGCAUUUGCAGCCACCAUCACCACCUUCAUCUUCAGCUUCCUUCUCUAUAUGAAGGCUCAGGUGGCCCCUGCCUCAGCCCUGGCACCUGGGGGAAACUCAGGCAAUCUCAUCUACGACUUUUUCCUGGGACGGGAGCUCAACCCUCGCAUUUGUUCCUUUGACUUCAAGUAUUUCUGUGAACUGCGACCCGGUCUCAUCGGCUGGGUCUUCAUCAACCUGGCCCUGCUGGUGCAGGAGGCAGAGCAGCGGGGGAGUCCUUCACUUGCCAUGUGGCUGGUCAAUGCUUUCCAGCUACUGUAUGUGGGUGAUGCCCUCUGGCAUGAGGAGGCUAUCCUCACCACCAUGGACAUCACACAUGAUGGAUUUGGCUUCAUGCUGGCUUUUGGGGACCUGGCCUGGGUACCCUUCACCUACAGCCUGCAGGCCCAGUUCCUGUUGUACCACCCACAGCCCCUGGGGUUGCCCAUGGCUGCAGUCAUCUGUCUCAUCAAUGCUAUUGGUUACUACAUAUUCCGUGGGGCCAAUUCCCAGAAAAACACUUUCCGAAAGAAUCCUUCAGAUCCCAGUGUGUCUGGCCUUGAGACCAUUCCUACUGCCACGGGGCGGCAGCUUCUGGUAUCUGGAUGGUGGGGUGUGGUCCGUCAUCCCAACUAUCUCGGAGACCUCAUCAUGGCUCUGGCCUGGUCCUUGCCUUGUGGGGUGUCCCACCUGCUACCCUACUUCUACGUCCUCUACUUCACUGCACUGUUGGUGCACCGGGAGGCCCGGGAUGAGCGGCAGUGCCUGCAGAAGUACGGCCGGGCUUGGCACGAGUACUGUCGGCGGGUACCUUACCGCAUCUUGCCCUACAUCUACUGAAGCAGCUUCACUGGCCACCAGACCACCAUGAUAGGAAUCUGGACACAACUGGGCUCUGAGCUCACCCAGGAAGGGAUGACCAGCCUCUGAGAAAAGGUCAUUUGGAACAAGAUGAAGCCAGUGCCCCCAAAUGGAGACAUUUUUCUCCCGUUGUAUAAAUGUCUGGAACCCUU